CACAACAGGAACAGUCAUAGAGGUAGCAGCUCCCGGAGACAAUGGGACAAAGAGAGCGAGAGACGGACCGAUGCAGCAAACCAGACUGACACAAGUGAAGGGAGGGCAACGCAGCCGGUGAAGGGUUAACCACAGAGCUAAGGACGUCAGGUCAAAUUCAUCGGAAGGCUGCAGCGUCCAGGAGGUCUGUUGGUUCAGAGCCAAAGAGGAAGACCGGCCUUCAGGCCCAUUCAGACUCCUCCAGGUUUUGGGUGGAAAGGCAGCGAGAUUUUAACCUGACUCUGACCUCACUGUGCGAAACAGCUCAGGCUCACCGUUCCAGAGAGCCACUGCUGGGGCCGGGCAACAGGUUUUGGUUGAGCAGGACAACUGGGCACUGGGAGAAGCCGGGUUGUGACGGGAACGGUGGUGCUCCCUCAGAUGGUGUGAGGCCUACGACAGUGCUGGCUCUAGAGGUUACCAUGACGCCGGAGGGAAACGGCUCUGAGUGCGAGUGCGCAGUCUGCUGGAACCCCUAUGACAAUGCCUUUCGUACGCCAAAGAUCCUGGAGUGCAAACACACCUUUUGCCUGGAGUGCCUGGCCCGUAUGAGCCUGGCGUCUGUGCCAGAGAUGGAUCCAGGCAUGUCCUGCCCCUUGUGCCGCCACCUGACACCCCUGGGCGCCGGGCAACUGGUGACGGGCCUACGCACCAACGCGGAGAUUCUGGGCCGCAUGAGGCUGCAGCCAGUCCAUGUCUACCUGGACCACGGGCGCCUGUUCUACAAGGGUCCGGGCAAGGCCAGCUUCCUGCUGCGGCGGCCCACUGUCUACACCCUCAGCCUGGACGUGGAGCGCGAGGGCGGCCUCCCCCUGCCUACCCAAGCAGCACCAGCACUGGAAGACCGACUGCCCCAGAACACCAUGUGGAAAUGCUGCCAGAGUCCGCCCUGCAGAACGGCCAUCUACAUCAUGAUCGCUACCUUUGGCAUCACCAUCAUUCUCGUCAUCUCACUCUUCUGGACUAAGAAAAUCCUGUGGGAUUUGGGCUGAGAGAAACUCCUUGCAUUUAUUUAGCCACCUUCAGGAUGCUCAACCCUCCCUCUGAAGUCCUUUCUCUUUAGUGACAGUUGCACGGUAGGAAUUGCAAUCUGUUCCCAGCAAGUUCCCCGAAACUGCCAUGUAACAAAUCCUCAGAUAACCUGUUUUCACCAUGUCAGUUGAGGGAUAAACAUUGGCCAGGGAAACCGCCUCUGCCAUUGUUUCCCCAAUGGUAAUGUGGAAUUUUCUGCUGCCUGAGAGGGAAAAUUGUUUCAUGUCAUAUCCAAAAGACAGGAUCUUUGAAAGCUCAGUAAUGCACUGGAUUGUCAGCUGGAUUCUGUGCUGAGUCUCUGGAAGGAGGGAUGAACCCAUGACUUCCGGCUUCAUAACACGGGAGAUCCCGUGGGCGGCACGGUGGCAGUGGGCGGCACGGUGGCACAGUGGUUAGCACUGCUGCCUCACAAGCGCCAGAGACCCGGGUUCAAUUCCCGACUCAGGCGACUGACUGUGUGGAGUUUGCACAUUCUCCCCGUGCCUGCGUGGGUUUCCUCCGGGUGCUCCGGUUUCCUCCCACAGUCCAAAGAUGUGCAGGUCAGGUGAAUUGGCCGUGCUAAAUUGCCCGUAGUGUUAGGUAAAGGGGUAAAUGUAGAGGUAUGGGUGGGUUGUGCUUCGGCGGGUCGGUGUGGACUUGUUGGGCCGAAGGGCCUGUUUCCACACUGUAAGUAAUCUAAUCUAAUCUGUAAGUAAUCUAAUCUAAAAACACGAGCUCCCCCCCCAGCUUAAGCAAUCGAUGAUCCAUGAGGAUCAGGAGCAGCAUCCGAGUGAGAAUCUUAGCAGGUGGGGAAUAUCACCUCACGUAAGUGGGAUCGGGUUGAAGUUUUGAUCUAAACUUGGCUGGUCUGUUCCUCACAGGGAGUGUCACCAAUCCCUGCAAAGUUUCUGAAAGGAAAUUGAUAUGAUCAUCAGUUCACAUGGAUACUCCUAAGACCCAAUGUCACAGGGAGGCUGCUCAGGGUCAUGUGGUCUCUUUGAGUUGACGUGUUCUGAGUGUGGCACACAGGCACACUUUCUAACGACAUCAUAUAUUACUCUUGUACAAAAUCACUCAGUGCACCUUCAAACUGUGACUGUACCAUUAAACAUGGAAUAGGUGUGGUGAGGUGCCAUUUAGAUCAGGGUCAAAAGUCACAAUGACAUCUCAACACAAUUAUAACAGACUGGGAGAGGUAGGCAGUAUACCUGUUCAAUAUAUACCAGGAUAUCUUCACAGUCCACUGAAGGACAGGUACAUAAAUACUCCAUGAGGUCAUGGUUUGGUACACACUAAGUCCCAUCCGAGGGAGGUCUAAUACACUCACCAACCCCCAUCUGAGUGAGGAGGCAAAACACUAACCUUCAUCUGCUUGAAGGUCUGGUACACUGACUCCCACCCAAAGUGAGGGUCUAGAGCACUGACUCCCAUCUGAGUGAGGGUCUAGUACACUGACUCCCACCCAACGUGAGGGUCUAGAGCACUGACUCCCAUCUGAGUGAGGGUCUAGUACACAAACUCCCAUCUGAGUGAGGGUCCUGUACACUAACACCCAUCCAAGUGAAGGUCUAGUACACUAACUCCCAUCCGAGUGAGGGUAUAAUACACUAACUCCCAUAUGAGUCAGGGUCUUGUGGACUAACUUCCACCUAAGUGAGAAUCCAGUACACUAACACCCAUCCAAGUGAGGGUAUAAUACACUAACUCCCAUUCAAGUAAGGGUCUAGUACACUGACUCCCAUCCAGGUGAGGGUAUAGUACACUAACACCCAUCCAAGUGAGGGUAUAAUACACUAACUCCCAUCCAAGUAAGGGUCUAGUACACUAACUCCCAUCCAGGUGAGGGUCCAGUACACUAACUUCCAUCUGAGUGAGGGUCUAGUACACUAACUCCCAAACAGGCGAGGGUCUAGUACACUAACUCCCAAACAGGUGAGGGUCUAGUACACUAACCCCCAUCUGAGUGAGGGUCCAGUACACUAACACCCAUCCAAGUGAGGGUCUAGUACACUAACCCCCAUCUGAGUGAGGGUCUUGUACACUAACUCCCAUCUAAAUGAGGGUCUAGUACACUAACUCCUAUCUGAGUGAGGGUCUAGUACACUGACUCCCAUCUAAGUGAGGGUCUAGUACACUAACCUCCAUCUGAGUAUCUAGUACACUGACUCCCACCUGAGUGAGUGUCUAAUACACUAACUCCCAUCUGAAUGAAUGUCUAGUACACUGGCUCCCAUCCGAGUGAGGGUCUAAUACACUAACCCCUAUCCGAGUGGGGGUCUAAUACACUAACCUCCAUCUGAGUGAGGAUCUAAUACACUAAAGCCCAUCUGAGUGAGGGUCUAUUCCACUAACCUCCAUCUGAGUGAAGGUCUAGUGCUUUCACUAACUCCCAUGUAAGUGAGGGCUUGAUACGUGUAUGCUGUCAGGCAGUCAUAGCUUCCAUACCUGUGAAUGUUGACAUGAAGGUAUCCUUGGUCAUGAAGGAGGAUGAGUAUUUCCCUCUUCCACUCUCACAUUGCGACUGGUGACUGUGCAGAUUCCAUCACAAAAUGGUUUUAAUUAAUCAGUUGCAAUAUAAGAGAUUGAAGACUCUUACGUUGUUUGCAAUGAGUGAGGAGAAAAUCCAGCACUAAGCAGAUAAACCAAAUAAUCUCUUUUGAAAGACAGUCCUUUUAUCAUUGAGCUCCCAGGGCCUUGGCCUGUUUGCAGAGAAAUACAUUGAGAAACAGCUGCCAUCCCUUCAGCCUAAGGCUGCGAAGGAACUACAACAAUCACCUUUGGUUUCCAUGGAAAUAAUGCCAUCAGCAUUUUGAUGCCAGGACAAUAUUGCCAUGAGUCUUUGGUUACUUGGGAAAUACUACAUCAGCUGCUGGUUACUAGGGAAAUGACAUCAUUGGCCUUUAUGACAAAGUCAAAAUGUGAUGUCUGAGAAAUCAGGAACUCAAACUUUGCAUUGAAUUCAUUUCCUCGCUAUCAUCAGAGCCCAGGAUGGUCCUUAAUUUGCAGAGAAAGCCAAAUGCAAUUUCAAUACUGUUGUUAAAGAAAGACUUGUGGUUAUAAAUCUCCUUCAAUGUCAUGGGGACAUUCCAAAGGAUUUUACAACCCACAAAGUACUUUUGAAAUGAAAAGAGCAAUGUGACAAAAUGACCAGGAAAUCAGUUUUGGUAGUGGUGAUUGAGGGGCAUUAUAUUGGGUAUAUCUGAGAAUUUCGUAACAUUAGAUGUCAAAAGCCCUUCCAUCAUUAACAGCCUGAGUGUUUCGGUGUGACAUUGUAAUUGACAUAUUUGUAUAAAAUUCCAAAAACACCCUCAUACCAGGGCUACAAUAGGAAAGUUUGUGCGUUUCCAAUACAGGAUGAAUCAGAAUCAGGAAGCAUUAAUGGAAAAAAUUAGGGAGUCUCUGGAUUGAGGGUCUUCUAUGUCAGUAUUGUACCAUAUAAGGGCUUGGGGGUUUAGACCAACUUUUAUAGGUUUAGAACCAAAAGAAAUUAUAAUUUCAAGAGUAUUUUGGAGCCAAAGUCCUGAUGAAGCAAUUGUCCAUUAUCUUUUUAUCUGCAUACACGUCUCUCUGCGUUAUUUAGGUGGAAACAUCAGGUUACAAAACAAUGUAGACUACUUGACUGGGUAAAACUGACUUUAAUGUGGAGAAAAGGGAGUGUCAUUCAAUUCAAGUUGUAGAAAGGCAAGUUGGAAUAUCAUCCCUUUGGUCAGAGUCUGGGAACCGUGAACAAGCACAGUGAUUCAUGAUUCCAGGUCCACAAGGCAAUGAAAUCUGGAAGCAUAGAUACAAAAGCAAUCAGGAAGAUGAGGAUAAAGUUGGCCAUUAUCUCCAGCAGGCUGGACUCCAAAAUGGAGGACACACUCCUUUAAUUGUACUUACACAUGGGGAAAGACAGUACUAUGGUGAUAAUGUCACUGGGCAAAUAAUCCAGAGGCACAGGCUAAUGCUCUGGGAACAUAGUUCAAUUCCCAUCACACACAGCCAAUAAAUUGGGAGUUGAAAGCUAAGUUCAGUAAUGGUGACCAUGGCAAUUAUCACCAUUUGUAAAAACCCAUCUGAUUCACUCAGGAACAGGAAGUCUGCUGUCCUUAAUUACCUGGUCGGGCCUACAUUCGACUCUGAUAUGGUUGACUCUGAACUGCCCCGGCAAGCCAUUCAGUUCAAGGGCAAAUAGGGAUGACCAAUGCAGCGAUGUCAGUGAACCUACAUCUCAUGAAAAGAAAGAAAAUAGUGCCUUGGUCAGAUCAUUAUUGCAUCCUGUUUUGGGAAAUGUACCUCAGGAAAGAUAUUUCCCCUUGGUUGGGGAAUACCACAAAUUCACCAAAAUUAUAUCUAGUUUAAAGGGCUAAAUUAAGGGACAGGUGGGAUAAAUAUGAAUUCUGUGUGUGGAGGGGUCAUGUAGUCAUGGUGCCAAAAAUGACAUGGGAGGGGAGGUAAAACAAAGCAAUUAACUUCAAUUGAAAACCAGUGUAAGGGGCUGUAUUCUAAAAAUUAUAAUUAUGCCCUUCUGAAGUGAAGCCAUGAAGCACUUUUGCACAUAAAUGGUAAUCUGGAACUCCUUUCCCCAAUGGUGGGACAAUUAAAAUUUCCAUGACUGAUAAUAGUAGAUUUUUAUAGUCGAAAUAUUUAAAGGAUAUGCUGUAAUGAUAGGUGAAUAGCAUUGGGACAGCAACAAAUCAUUAUCUAAUAAAUGUGAAAACAGGUUGGUAGGGCUGAAUGGCCUACUCCCUUUCCAAUGUUUCUUUGACAGAAGGAACUGACACCAGGAAGUAUGUUCAUUGCCUUGAGUGUUCAGAUAUUAACCUGAAAAUAUUUCCCUAACAUGCACACCCCCUGCAUAGGCAGUGACAUUCAAACAAGCCUGUAGAUAUUCAAACCAACGUGCUCACACGUUAUGACACACAUUUAGGACAGUGUGGGACUUGAAACUGGGCUUCCUAAUCCAGAGGUGGGUAGACUACCACUGCACCACACGAGCUCUUAAACAAACUGUACCAUGGGUCCUUUUGGCUGUCUUCUAUGGAAUCUGAAUCAUCCAAUGAGGUGGCACUUAAUUCACAGCAAAGGAACUAAUCCCAGGUACAGCAGGCAGGCCAUAUCAUUUAUUUUAGUAACAUAAGGUACAGGUCUGUCUAGAAGAUGGUUGGUAAUGCCUCUGGACUGUUAUACUCACCUCCACACCCCACCCUCAACCCCCACCAACAACUCUCAGCAACUUCCGUUCCACAAAUGCAUGCCCCAUGGCUGCUGGGGACAACGGGGUAACUUCUGAGUGGGAUUUAUAAAAUUGAACACCAGUUUGCAGAAUGGGUAACGGCUACUCCGACUGAGAUACAUUCAAAUAGGUUGCUGCUGUUGCAAACUGAAAUGAGAGAGAUGGGGUGGGGGAGGGGGCUGCUGUCACUCAGCGGAUAUUUGUAGGGUACAAGGGUUGCACAUAGAGGGGUGAGGAGAAACGCAAUGACACAGGAAUAAAGCGUGGGAGUGGGAUUUUGUGAAGGACACACAGCCUGCCUGGGUACAGAUGAAAUAUACCCAGAGUUGGACAGAAUGCACAUAGGGAACAUUUCUAGUGGCCUGCUGACAGUGUAUUAGGAAUUGCCUCAGCAGACAAUUCCUGCUUUUACAAUGCUGUCUGAUCAGGACCUCUCUCUUCUCUAAAUAUUUCACACUGCACAUGUGAACUGGUAUAACACUUUUUAAUGUUAUCCCUUUUGUUUUAAAUCUCUGCACAAUCCAAUUAAAUGUUAAU